CUCUCUUUGCAGUGGCAUCUGGGCCUCGGGCUUUGCUGGAGCAGGUCAGGCUGGCUGCCCUGGUUCGCCCGUGCUGGGAAAGCUAGCCAGGGUGUGGGAGAAGCGCGUCGGGGGGCCCCUUUCCCAAGUUUUUCUCGCUGCAGAAGGCCUAGCUUAGCCUGCCUUUUUCUAUGCACAGGAUGGCUCUUGCUCACCAGAGCCUCACAAAGAUAAUCGCUCAGGAAGUGUUUCAGCCAAUCCGGGGCCGCCUUACACUCGGAUUUGCUGGGCCAGCCAAUCGGGGAUGAGCUCUUAUUGGGCGGCCAGAUCAUCAAGCCGAAGUGCCAAACCCUUUUUCUGUGAGAACUAGGAGCCUGUCCUCCAUGUUUUAUAAGUAUUGACAUUACACAGUGUUAACAAUGCAUCCACAGAGUCCCAAAUCUGCCAGCCUGUUCUCUCUUCUUAACUGUGGAAAAAUGAGACGGUUGCUUGAACAUGUUGGCUUGGCCGAGGAGGAAAUCAAAGCAGAACAGGAGGUGGUAGAGGGCAUGGAUAUCUCUACUCGCUCCAAAGCAGGUGAGGUGCGCCAGGCCGGCCCUCCUGUCACCCCUAAGCUAACAGGACAGCUACCGGGCAUGGAAGGGGUUCGCAGUCUUGCAGAUCCUGGCUCCACCGACAGAACAGCCCCGAAAAGAAAGUUCCCCAGCCCUCCGCAUUCUUCCAAUGGCCACUCGCCACAGGACACGUCCACCAGCCCCAUUAAAAAGAAAAAGAAACCCGGCUUACUGAACAGCAACAACAAGGAGCAGUCAGAACUAAGACAUGGUCCGUUUUACUAUAUGAAGCAGCCACUCACCACAGACCCUGUUGAUGUUGUACCGCAGGAUGGACGGAAUGAUUUCUACUGCUGGGUUUGUCACCGGGAAGGCCAAGUCCUUUGCUGUGAGCUCUGUCCCCGGGUUUAUCACGCUAAGUGUCUGAGACUGACAUCGGAACCAGAGGGGGACUGGUUUUGUCCUGAAUGUGAGAAGAUUACAGUAGCAGAAUGCAUCGAGACCCAGAGCAAAGCUAUGACAAUGCUCACCAUCGAACAGUUGUCCUACCUGCUCAAGUUUGCCAUUCAGAAAAUGAAACAGCCAGGGACAGACGCGUUCCAGAAGCCUGUUCCGCUGGAGCAGCAUCCCGACUACGCAGAGUACAUCUUCCACCCCAUGGACCUGUGCACAUUGGAAAAGAACGCGAAGAAGAAAAUGUAUGGCUGCACGGAAGCCUUCCUGGCUGACGCCAAGUGGAUUUUGCACAACUGCAUCAUUUAUAACGGGGGAAAUCACAAAUUGACGCAAAUAGCGAAAAUAGUCAUCAAAAUCUGUGAGCAUGAGAUGAACGAAAUCGAAGUGUGUCCGGAGUGUUACUUAGCUGCUUGCCAAAAACGCGACAACUGGUUUUGUGAACCUUGUAGCAAUCCGCAUCCUUUGGUCUGGGCCAAACUGAAGGGCUUCCCAUUCUGGCCUGCCAAAGCGCUGAGGGACAAAGAUGGGCAGGUGGACGCCCGGUUCUUUGGACAACACGACAGAGCCUGGGUUCCCAUAAAUAAUUGCUACCUCAUGUCUAAAGAAAUUCCUUUUUCUGUGAAAAAGACUAAGAGCAUCUUCAACAGUGCAAUGCAGGAGAUGGAGGUGUACGUGGAGAACAUUCGUAGGAAGUUCGGGGUUUUUAACUACUCCCCGUUCAGGACGCCCUACACGCCCAACAGCCAGUACCAGAUGCUGCUCGACCCCAGCAACCCCUCUGCCGGCGCCGCCAAGAUAGACAAGCAGGAGAAGGUCAAGCUCAACUUCGACAUGACGGCCUCCCCCAAGAUCCUGAUGAGCAAGCCCAUGCUGAGCGGGGGCGCCGGCCGCAGGAUCUCCCUGUCCGACAUGCCGCGCUCCCCCAUGAGCACCAACUCCUCCGUGCACACCGGCUCCGACGUGGAGCAGGACCCCGAGAAGAAGGCCCUGUCCAGCCACUUCAGCGCCAGCGAGGAGUCCAUGGACUUCCUGGACAAGAGCACAGCGUCGCCGGCCUCCAUGAAGACGGGCCAAGCAGGGAGUUUGUCCGGCAGCCCGAAACCUUUCUCUCCUCAAGCGUCCACGCCAAUCAUCACGAAGACAGACAAGAUGGCCACCACCGGGAGCAUCCUGAACCUUAACCUGGAUCGGAGCAAGGCCGAGAUGGAUCUGAAGCAGCUGAGCGAGUCCGUCCAGCAGCAGGCCGCCCCCGUCCCGCUCAUCUCUCCCAAGCGGCAGAUCCGCAGCCGGUUCCAGCUCAACCUGGACAAGACGAUAGAGAGUUGCAAAGCACAACUAGGCAUAAACGAAAUCUCGGAAGACGUCUAUACGGCCGUCGAGCACAGCGACUCGGAGGAUUCGGAGAAGUCGGACAGCAGCGACAGUGAGUACAUCAGCGAUGACGAGCAGAAGUCCAAGAACGAGCCGGAAGACGUGGAAGACAAAGAGGCCGCCCAGGUGGACAAAGAGCUGCCUGCCGUCAAAGCCAAGCCCAAGCUGGCCAGCCCGGUGGAGGUCAAAGAGGAGCUGAAGAGCCUGUCGCCUCCCGGCGAGAAGGCGGAGCCAGGCUCCGCCAAGGACAAGGCGAGCCCCCCGCCCGAGAAGGACUUCGCGGAGAAAGCCAAACCCUCGCCUCUCCCCACAAAGGACAAGAUGAAGGGGAAAGAUGAGACGGACUCCCCCACGGUCCACUUGGGCCUGGACUCUGACUCAGAGAGCGAACUGGUCAUAGAUUUGGGAGAAGACCAUUCUGGGCGGGAGGGUCGCAAAAAUAAGAAGGAAUCCAAAGAACCAUCUCCCAAGCCGGACGUGGCUCUCGUCGUAGCUAAAGCUCCACUGCUGUCCGCCACGGCAGGCAGCCCGUCUCCCCCCGAAACGCCGGUCCUCACCCGCUCGUCCUCCCAAACGCCCGCCGCUGGGGUCACGGCCACCACCAGCACCACGUCCACGGUCACGGCCCCGGCUGCCACCGCCGCCACCACCGCCACCGCCACCACCGCCAUCACGGGAAGCCCGGUGAAAAAGCAGAGGCCGCUCUUACCGAAGGAGACUGCCCCGGUCGUGCAGCGGGUCGUGUGGAACUCAUCAAGUAAGUUUCAAACGUCCUCCCAAAAGUGGCACAUGCAGAAGAUGCAGCGCCAGCAGCAGCAGCAGCAGCAGCAGCACAGCCAGCAGCAGCAGCCUCAGUCUUCCCAGGGGACGCGAUAUCAGACCAGACAGGCUGUGAAAGCCGUCCAGCAGAAGGAGAUCACCCAGAGCCCGUCCACCUCCACCAUCACCCUGGUGACCAGCACUCAGUCGUCACCCCUGGUCACCAGCUCGGGGGGCACGAGCACCCUGGCCUCCGUAAUCAGCGCAGACCUCCCCAUCGCCACCGCCUCCGCCGACGUCGCCGCGGACAUCGCCAAGUACACUAGCAAAAUGAUGGAUGCCAUCAAAGGAACGAUGACAGAGAUAUACAAUGACCUUUCCAAAAACACUACCGGGAGCACCAUAGCCGAGAUUCGCAGGCUGAGGAUUGAGAUCGAGAAGCUUCAGUGGCUGCACCAGCAGGAGCUCUCCGAGAUGAAACACAACCUGGAGCUGACCAUGGCGGAGAUGCGGCAGAGCCUGGAGCAGGAGCGGGACCGGCUCAUCGGUGAGGUGAAGAAGCAGCUGGAGCAGGAGAAGCAGCAGGCGGUGGACGAGACCAAGAAGAAGCAGUGGUGCGCCAACUGCAAGAAGGAGGCCAUUUUCUACUGCUGCUGGAACACCAGCUACUGCGACUACCCCUGCCAGCAGGCCCACUGGCCCGAGCACAUGAAGUCCUGCACCCAGUCAGCUACCGCCCCACAGCAGGAAGGAGACUCUGAGUCGAACACAGAAACACCCAACAAGUCCUCCCAGGGCUCCUCGGCCAGCACGCCGGCAGCCCCUUCCGACACCGCCAACGCCUCGAAAGAGAAGGAGACGGCUGCCGAGAAAAGCAAGGACAGCGGCUCGACCACGCCCGGGGCGGUAAGUCCGGGGGCUGGAGCGGCGGCGGCAGCAGCGAGGAGAAGCGAGGACCAUCGCGCUCCGAGCACAGCAGCAGCGCGAAGAGCCUCCUCCCGAAAGAGUCUCGGCUGGACGCCUUCUGGGACUAGGGCCGCCCCGGGCCCCGCGCCGCCCGCCCCGGCCCCACGGGGGCGGAAGAGCGCGGACCCCGGGCCGCUGGGACUCGGUGCCCAGAUGUGAGGUCUCGCCCUUCGGACCCGGGGCUCCGCGCGGGCACGGCCCCUCCCCCCACGGAGGGCCCCACACUACACACGUCCACGCUCGCUCCGAGGACCGGUCACACCCACACGGACUUGGGCUCUCGAUGUAAAUAGUGUACAAUUUGUGGAUGUCCCUGAACUUAGAGUACCUCCCCCUUUUUAUAUUUGUAUGGACCUUAACUUAUAAAA